AUGUAAUUCUAACAAUAAUAUCAAACUCAAACAAUCAUUGAGUAACUAAUUAAGGAAAACGAUUCUGAUUUACUUAAGUUACUUUUAACUGAUUCAUUUAUGUCAUAUUGUAGAAAUACAGAUCCAUAUGCUAUAGAGUUUAUAUGUAAUAAUGUAGAUAAAAUGUUAAAUAUAUUAUUUGUUGAUUAUAAUUUGAUUCCAAAAGAAUAAUUAGAAUAGUAGAGUGAAUUGAUUAAUAAUAUUUGGGAAAUUAUAGAAUUGAAUUUAGAACCUAUUUUAAAAUAAAUAGAAGUUAAAUAUUAGAUAUAUUUUAGAAUUAUUGGUCAAUCAUUUUUGAUUUAAGAUGGAAAUAGUUAGUUCCUGAUACUUAAUGGGGUAUAGCAUAUAAAUUAUUAAACAUUGUUAAAGAAAGAGAUCCAUAAAUUCUCAAUGAUUUCUCGAAUUAAUCAGAUUUUUUGGUUUCCUUUCUACCCUAUUUAAAAAUACAUAGUGUUUCGUAAAUAUUAGUAGCAUUUUUUGAAAUAGGAUUUCAUUAAUAGCAACUUGAUUUUUUGAAAAAAGGUUUAGAAUUAUUCAAGCAAAAUGACAUUCUUAGUGUUAUUAAUUUCACAUAUAUAGUACAUGAGAUAAUGACAAGAAUUUUAAUUCAUUAAUUAAUAGAAUACAUUUUGAAUGAAGAAUUCCUUAAAGUUAUGUUUGAUAUUAUAGAAUAAGAUGAAGGAAAUCCUAUGUAUAUAAUCAUAUUAAAUUAGAAUAUUAAAAAGUGCUGCUCAUAUGAUAUCUUUAAUAUCAAACUAUUAUACAAUUCAGAUGUAAUAAAUCGAUUUUGAUGAUCCUGAUUGCGAAGAAUUAAUAGCAGUUUUUAAGGAAACAUCAUUUUUUGCUAAUUUUGAUAUUUAGAAGAUUCAUUAAAUUUUUAAGAAAUAGUUUUCAAAAAAGAAAGUGAGAUUAUUUAUAAUAAAACUUAUUGAAGUACAAAAAAGUAUAUAAUUAGAUAGUUGAAAAUUUAGUUCGUAUUACAGACUUAUAAUUAUGGGAUAGAAUAGCUGACUCUAACAUAAUGGAAUCAAUAUUUGAAUUGGUGAAUCACUUUAAAGUUGCUGACAUUUUUAGAACUUAUGUAGAAAAUAUGAUUAUUUACAUUUUUGAUAAGGCUUUGAAUGACAGCCAUCCUUUUUGGGCUUAUUAUCUUAUUUCCAGAUAUAGGUUAUAAAAUAAAAAUAUAGGUUUUCUAGACAGAUUGAUUUAUUAAUUCUAAGUAAAUUUAGAAUGGAAAUUGAGUGAUCAUUCACAAUACUAACCUUAUGAAGCUAUAUUGAAAGAGAUUGAUGAUGAAUUAAAAAUAUCUAAAAUUUGGAAUAUUUAAAAAAGGUUAUUUAUAAAUUAAGAGGAGAAAAACAAAAUUAAAUUAGGAGAAGAUUCUAGCACUAUAAAAACAGACUCUGAAUUAAGAGAAUAAGAAAUAGAACAACUCUCUAUUUUAGAAGAUGAAAGAAUAUGUAAAGGAAAAUCUGCCUAAGAAAUCAUUAGUGGUUAUAAAAAAUAUUCCACUCCCUCUUAAUUAUUUUAGGAAGUUCAAUUAACUGUUUUUGAUGAUGUAUCCAUAAGUAAAAAUGAAGCAGAAUUUGAUUUUCAAUCAAAUAGUGAAGACAAUGAUAAGAUAAACAGUCAAACACUUGAAUUUAGUGGAGAUAGAUUAGAUAUUUAACGUGAUGAAAGGGUUAUGUAAUAUUAAAAUAAAAAUAAUUUGGAUAUAUAGAAAAAAAACUCUGAUAGAAUGUCAACUUCUUUACAAUAUGAUGAUAGAAAGAUUAAGAAUUUGAGUAGUUCAUUGUAAAGUUUUGAUGAUAUAAAUCAAAAUUUUCUUUUUUUUAAAAGAAAAAGUAAAUCAAUUAUGAUUCAAUCAUAAGAACUUAAAAGAGAAAACAAAAAUUUAAAGGAAUUCAAAAUAGAAAUCUUAAAAAAUACAAAAGUAUUAAAAAAAUAAGAUAACAGUAUUUUAAAAGUGGAUGAAAUUGAUUUUUAGUCAAACUUAAAAUUAGAAUUAAAGGAUCAAAUAGAUCCAUAACAAGAAAAAUAGUAAAAUUCUUAAAUAAAAUGA